AUGAGCAGACGCCUACCCACGCUUCAAGUUCGCGCUGCUACAACAUCAAUCGGACGGCCUACAACCCGCUGCUGCUUUCACAGUUUUAUUAUGGAGGAACAGACGAUUGUUAGUGGUAGCAGCAGCGGUGGUGCUGGUGGAGCUGCUGCUGCUGCUGCUGGGGCAGCUAAUAUGGCGAAUACACCGACGAAAAUGGGCCCGCCCCUCAAUACUGCUUAUCAGCCGUCAGCAACCACAUCUCCAACUUCGUUUUCGAACAACGGUUCUUCACCAAUGACGCCUAUUACUCCAACAAAUGCGCACAGACUAUGGAAUCCAUCGAGAGGAAUUAUCUUCGCUCCUUCACCUAUGACGCCGGUCUCUCCGUUUACUUCGUCUUCCUCGACUAAUACUCCCCUAGCUCGAGGUUUCAAAACUAUGAGUUCCAGCAAGUCGUCGCUUGAUACGCCUAACGACUCGACAGAUUCGCCGUCGGAUAUACUAGAGUCUCCAACAACUAGAAGAGUUCGGAUAAGGCGUACUUUCCGUGGACCGGAUUGGGCUGGAUUGAUGAAUCUUACAACAGAUGGGAAGGAGAGGGAAACAGUUCCUGCGGGGUUUGAUACUUUUCAGGGCGACUUAUUAGCAGACUCGACGAGUGGACCUUUAAGCGAUGUUAAAACUCUCCAAGACGCCGUUGAAGCUUUAGCAGAGGAGAUCGAAGCCGAUACAACCGCACCUCUUGAAGAGGCAGAAGGAGAGGAAUUCGAAGACCCAGGAAUUGAAAGAGUUAGGACUCCGGAAGGGAUAGAGAUUAUUAAGUGGAAAGGCAAACCGAUAGUUUAUACGGACGAAAAAGACCCAUAUAUUUCGCUACUUUACCAGGCGAGCGAAGAAGUCUUAACGGCGGCAGUCGAAGCGAAAGGGACUUACGAUAUGAAUCAUUAUAUAAAUUCCGAGAAGUUCCCACCGAAGAUACAUUAUGUUACGGAUGUCGAUGAGAUGGAAACAGUUUCAAAGUUGUUCGAAAAUGAUAAGGCCAUUGGGUUUGAUAUGGAGUGGGUUCCGAAUUCGAUCUUGAAACCGACGGUUAACGAUAGGGACAUACGCAAUUGUGCUUCCGUUAUACAAGUCGCCAACCAAGAAAGAGUUGCUAUCUUUCAUCUAGCAAAGUUCCCAGCGACCACAAAAAAAUUCCUUGCUCCGACACUGAAGAAGAUACUCGAGGAUCCUAGUAUUCUCAAGAUGGGUGUAUCGAUCAAAGGCGAUAUGACACGGUUGUCAACUCUAAUAAAUGUCAACCCGGCUGGGGUCCUAGAACUUUCACAUUUUCACAGCCUCGUAUUUGCAGCAGAAGGAAAUGUCCCCGCUCCCGGGAAAAGCCUCCCGGCGAGCUUAACAAACCUUUGCAAGGAACAUCUUAAACUCCCCUUGAACAAAGGCGAUGUCAGGACGAGUAAUUGGUCUAGGGAGCUGAAUGAUGACCAGAAGUUUUAUGCCGCGAACGAUGCAUACGCCAGUUACAGAGUAUACGAGGCUAUUGAGGAAAGACGGUGUGCGUUGGACCCUCGCCCCACAAUACCCCCUCUACAUAGCGUCAAGCAUGAGGAAACCAUCGAAGCAUACCACAAACGCAAGGCAUUAGCAGCAAAGAACGAAGGAACGCCGAAGAAACCCAGUGUUAUUAGGGUUCCUAAAACCGCGGGUCCACAGCUUGUUCGGGCGUAUGAUUGGGUGAAAGAGUAUGCCAAAUCGAAACCGGACGGGAUUUUAGGCACUGGCGCCGCGAAUCUACGAUGCUAUGCCCUCUGGCAUCAUCAAACGCUGGAUGUGGAAGACACCGCUGCCGCGUGCAGAGACCCGCCGCUAGGGAGUGCCUAUGUCGCACAGUGUAUCCUCGAAGCUAUUCUUGUUGAGAAGUUGCCCUAUCAUCCUGGGCGGUUAAUGUGGGUUAUGAGAGAUCUUAGCAAAGAAGCACUCGGGAGGUUCUACCCUCUCAAAGUUGAGGCCACCAUGAAAAUAAAGGAACACAAAGAACAGGAACUAGCUGCAGAAGUCGCUACAAAAGAUGAUGCUAUAGCAGCUAUAAAAGCAAAAUCAGAAGCCGCAAGAUCCCAAGCAUCGAUGGAGCAUUCUGGGUGGGGUGCUUAUGGCAGCGGUAUAGCACAAACAGCUUCAGUAAAACCUCGAGCGCCGAGGGACCACACUGGAUGGAAUAUGGUCAACGCUGAACCUUCAAGGCAGCGGUCUCGAUCUAGAUCUUUAUCGAACUCAGAGUCUUUGGCCGGGAGGGUCAACAGUGAGUCUACGGAAAUAGAUGGCCCACCGAAAGUGCGAUACCAUCUCAGCCUUGAUCAGGGAGAAACACGACCAGGAUAUAGUCCCCAGCGGUCAUUUUUACGGAAGGUACCCAGCGGCGCUAGCAACGAGGCAAACCUUCUCACAGAUGAUGAGUCUUCUAGCCCUCCAAACGUGCCUAUGCAGCGUACCCGUAGUAGUCCACCGAAACUAAACUAUAAACGAUUCGCGCCCAACUCUGCGGAUUCUGGUAAUGGCCCUACGGUGUCAUUUCAUGCGUCCGGGGAACUUGGAGAUGUCGUGGAUGGAUUUGGAGGAGAUGGGAUAAGAGAGGUUGCCGAGGAUAUGGAUGGAGAGGAUGCGACGUCUUUGAGGGAAUCUCGAUCUGAGCCGAAUUUGGCGCCUAAGAGGCCGGUUUGGAUUGGGGUUCCUAGCAGACGACGUAAGAACGAUCUUUAA